UUCUUAGAAUGGAUGUCGAUACUUCGAAAUUGAUGGAUGAUUCGGCCAUUCGUCCUUUAUCUAAAAUACCAGGACCUAAACUUUCCAGAAUUUCCAACUGGUCAAUAAUCACAAGAAAACCUUCCGGAAAGGUUUAUCAAUGGUUUUGGCAAUUACAUAAAGAAUACGGAAGUGUUGUUAGAGUUUCGCCUAAUUACGUCUUAUUUUCUAGUAAAGAAGCCAUUAGACAAAUUAUUGUCACUAAUGAUAUGCCUAAAAGUGAUUCUAUCAAAGGAAUUCGAGCUGAUCGAAACAUCCUAACAUUAUUUUCCGCAAUAGGCCUAUUAUCACCAGCAUUCUCAAUCAGAUAUAUUUCAUCUCUUGAACCAUUAAUGAUUUCAUGUGUAAAAGCCUUAUCAGAAAAACUUCACUCGACAACUAUAAUCUCCAACAAAAAGUUACAAUUAAAUGAAAAUGGAUUACCUAUUGUUAACAUUUAUGGAUUAAUACAAGCUUGUACUCUUGAUAUCAUUGGGGAGGCUGCAUUUGGUGGAUCAUUUCAUAUCGUUGAAAAAGGUACACAUCCUUUGCCCACCAAGAUAUUUUUGGAGUUGAAGAGACGUGUAAUGCGUCAUACAUUUCCUUAUAUGAGACCCUUUUUGAAAAAGGAUCCAUGGACUUAUGAGUUCGUUUCAAAUAUAAUCAAAGAAAGAAAAAAACUUAAUGAAAAAGGCAAAGAAUAUGAUGAUAUAUUACAAAUUUUAAUUGAUGUACGUGACGAAGAGUCGGGAAAACAAUUGACAGAAUUUGAAAUACAAGAACAGGCAAUGGAAUUUUUAAUAGCUGGUAGUGAUACGAGUGGUUAUACAGCAAGUAUGGCAGUAAUAAUGUUGCUUCGCCAUCCAGAUAAAUUAGAUAAAUUAAUGGCAGAACUUGAUGCAGCAUAUCCUCGUAACCCAGAACAACAAACUUUAGUAAUCCCAACACAUAGUUCCUUAAAAAAUCUUAAGCAUCUAAAUGCGGUGUUAAGCGAAGUGUUAAGAUUAUUUCCUGUUUCAAUGGGCGGUGUGAUGAGGCAAACACGUCAAGACACUGUGAUUGAUGGAUAUUUAAUACCAAAAGAUACAAUAAUAGGUGCCUCAAUAUAUCAAGUACAUCAUUCCAAAGAAAUAUGGGGCGUCGAUGCUGAUAAAUUUUCACCUGAAAGAAAUUGCAUCGGGCAAAAUUUUGCAUGGAUGGAAUUAAGAUUGAUAUUGGCAAGUUUAUUAAUAAAUUUUGAAUUUGAAAUGGUCCCUAAUCAAGAUAUAGACAUUAGUCAUUUUAUAACACCAACUUUAACUAGUAAAAAAUUUCAAGAUGUUUUGACAAAUCAGCCUGUUGUCAUUGAUAAUGGUUCUGGUGUAAUUAAAGCUGGUUUUGCUGGUGACGAUCUUCCAAAAUGUUUUAUUUCUUCAUAUGUUGGACGACCAAAACAUGUACGUAUUAUGGCAGGUGCAGUAGAAGGUGAUGUUUUUAUUGGACGUAAAGCUCAAGAAUUACGAGGACUACUUAAAAUAAGGUAUCCAAUUGAACAUGGAAUUGUAUCCGAUUGGGAUGAUAUGGAACCACCACUAAAUCCAAGAAAUAAUAGAGACUCUGCUGCACAAAUGUUUUUUGAGACAUUUAAUGCACCAGCUAUGUUCACGUCUAUUCAAGCUGUUUUAAGUCUUUAUUCUUCAGGUAGAACAACUGGUAUAGUUCUUGAUUCUGGUGAUGGUGUAACUCAUGCUGUGCCAGUAUAUGAAGGAUUUGCUCUUCCUCAUGCUAUUCGUAGAGUUGAUAUUGCUGGCCGUGAUGUUACAGAAUAUUUACAAUUGCUUCUUCGUAAAGCUGGUUAUAACUUUCAUACCACGUCUGAAAAAGAAGUUGUUCGUAUUAUAAAAGAAAAAACUUGUUAUGUUGCAUUGAAUCCAAGUAAAGAAGAAAAGGAUACUAGUAGAGAAUUUAACGAUUUUAUAUUACCUGACGGUAAUGUUGUUAAGUUGAAAACUGAAAGAUUUAAAGCACCAGAAAUUUUAUUCAAUCCAGAAUUAAUUGGACAAGAAUAUGCAGGUGUUCAUCAAGUUGUUGUUGAUUCAAUCAAUAGAGCUGAUUUAGAUUUAAGAAAAUCAUUAUUUGCAAAUGUUGUAUUGUCUGGUGGUUCAACACUUUACAAAGAUUAUGGUACAAGAUUGUUAAAUGAAGUGAGGAAAUUAGCUGUUAAAGAUAUCAAAAUCAAGAUUUUUGCACCACCAGAAAGAAAAUACAGCACAUGGAUAGGUGGAUCUAUAUUAGCAGCUUUAAAAGAAAUAAAAGAUACCAAAUCUAACAAAGAAGCAGAUUCUUCUGAAUUAUUUCCAAUUGUGGGAAUACUGAACAAUUCAUCCGAUCUUUCUGGCUGUGGCCAACAUUCUAAAGAUGGAGGGUCGGGAAAAGGAACUCAAUCAUCUAAAAUAAACGAUAAUUUCGACAUUACUACUAUUUCAAGUGGUGACCUUCUUCGUCGGAAUAUAGCCCAUGGCACAAAAAUUGGUAAAAUUGCUGAAAAAGAAAUUAAACGUGGAGCAUAUGUUUCUGAUGAUAUUAUGAUCAAACUUAUAACCAAUAAACUUUCUACUCUUAAAAAUGAGAAUUGGCUAUUAGAUGGAUUCCCAAGGACUUUAAAUCAAGCAAUAGCUUUAGACAACAAUUUAAAGUUAAAUAAACAGCCAUUGAAUAUGGUUAUUAAUCUUCAUGUGCCCGAAGAAGUUAUCUUGCAAAGAAUAAUUGAUCGAUGGGUUCAUAUACCUUCGGGACGUGUAUAUAAUUUAAGUUAUGAUCCACCAAAAAUUUCUGGAUUAGAUGAUAUAACAUGCGAAAGAUUAUCAAAACGUCCAGAUGAUAAUCCGGAAAUAUUCAAGAUUCGGCUCCAAAAAUAUCAUGAAUUAACAGAGCCUUUGCUGGAAUAUUAUUCGAAACAUAACUUAUUGAUAACAUGUAGCGGACAUACAAGUGAUGAAAUUUAUCCAAAAAUUCAACACGAAUUGAUUAAUAGAUUUGGUACUGGCAUUGAAGAAAACUUUGUUAAUGAACCUAAAGAUGAAAAUGUUUUAGAUGUUGUUAAUUUAAAUUGA